AUGGCCCAUACGCCAGCCGAUGCGAUGGCGGCGGGCGAGCAGCUCAUGCAGCUGGACCAGGCCAUCACAUUGACACUGCAGGAAAUUGACGAGAACUUUUCGCAAGCACACCAGAUUGUGACGUCGCGUAUUUUGCCUUCGAUCCGGGAGUACGAAUCAUCGUGCUCUCAAACGUGGCAGAGCGCGCGCUUUUGGAAGCAGUUCUUUGAGGCAUCUGCGCAGGUGUCGCUAUCGCAGCAACCUCUGGAAGAGUUCGAAGAUACCUUUGGUGAGCAGAGCGAGCAGCCAAGUGCUCGCGAUGACAGCACGCAUGCGACGCAUGACAGCGAUCCCAUGGCGUCGCCGCCACGGCUCAGUACGAGUGUGUAUGCCCAGGCGCACCUCGAAACGCCGUUUGAGCGAUUGAAGCGCGAUGUUGAGGCCAGUCGGAUGGAAGACAUGUCGCGCGAGGCGAGUCGCAAGAUGGCGGAUAUGUCGAUCGCUACGGAUCCGUCGCUCGUCGUGUCUGAUAUUCCCAAAUCGUCGAGUCCUGCCAAGGGCCGACGUCGAUCCUCGGCGCGUCCGCGUGUGAGUGUGGCAUCUGGCGCGCCCAAUCCAUUUGAGAAGACGUGGAAUGGCAUUGCCGAUUUGCGCACGACGCCGCUACGUCCGGCGCCGCGAGACGAUAGUGACGACAUGUCGUUGGCCAUGCCGGAAGGCAUGUCGCCCCCUGUCACGAUGCAGUUCAGUAUGCCACAGAGCAAGUACCUCAAGACACCCGCUAAGGAAGCGGCGCGGCGCGUCGUGAACGAUUUGCUGAAAUCCGUGGGCGGCGAUGACGGUGAUAUGAGUUUGGGCGACGUGUCGCCGUCUGCGCGGCGCAAGAGUGUCGUGGGUACGCCUCUCGUCAAGGACACGACGCGUCGUCGCGACUCGCUACCGACGCCGCCAACCAUUACGAAAGUGUAUAAUCGCACCUCGGCCGCCUCUGAUGACGAGGACGACAGUGAUGAGAGUGAGGACGAUGCUUCUCAUGCGAUUCUUCCCUCGCAGACACCGGCCACGACAAGUCGUUCCAUCGAGGAUGAUACGCUAUUUGGACUAGGGCCUCGCCGCAUGCCGGACAGUGUCGAUCAGUCGGCGUCACGAGCGCUGUCCAGUGCCGUGCGGCGAUCGAGUGAUGAGCGGCGAUUGUUGGGGGAAGAUUAG